AUGCUCGUAUCCAUCCUUUUUCGCGAUGGUCAAACGCGGGUCGCACAAUAUGUUAGUAUCAUCCUCAUCCCACCCAUUUCUUUCCGCCCAUCCCUUCCGCCCAUUUCUUUCCGCCCAUCCCUUCCGCCCAUUUCGUCCCCCCCAUUCCCUUUCUCGCAACCCAUCUUCUCCGCUCGUUCGCUCAUUUCUCCCUUUGCCCAUUCCUCUCCGCUCCUUUCUGCCGCCGUUGCACAUUUCCUCUCUUUUCAUCCCACAUCAUUUUCCCUGCCUUUCCUCAUCCCUUUGCCUUCCUUUCCCCCCCUUGUCCCCCCCGUGUCCCCCCCCUGUCCGCCUCCUGUCCGCCUCCAUGUCCCCCUCCUUUCUCUCUCCUUUCCCCUUCCAUUUUCCCUGCUUCCCCUCUCCUGUCUGAUCAACUUCCUCUCCCCCUCCUUUCCCACGCCUCUCUCCCUCCUCUCCCCCUCCUCUCCCCCUCCUUUCCCCCUCCUUUCCCCCUCCUUACCCCUUCCGCCCUCCUGCGUUUGUGUCGCAUCUGCCUCUUUCCUCCACCUUUCCCCUCCUUUUGCCCUCCUUUCCCUUUCCUGCCAUUAUCACUCUUCCCUCCUUUUCCCCCUCCCUUACCCCCCCGCGUGCGCCCCCCUCCCCCCAUGCUGCGCUGCACGUGGCACUCUGGCAGGCGUGCCACUCUUUUUUUUCUCCUUUCCGCCUCCGCCCCCCUCCUUCCCUCUCCUUCGUCACGAUUCCUCUCCAUCACUCCUUCUUUACCCUCCUUUCUGCCCUUCUCCUCCUUUCCCCUACUUUCACACUCCUUUUUCUGCUCCCUUUUUCCUGCUUUCCCCACCUUUCUUCCCUGUCUUUUACCGCGCUGCAAGCGGCAGGGGUGCAGGCGGCGUGCCGGGAGGGCGGGAGCGGGGAGGCAGGCAGGCGUGGUCUCUACGGGGCCCACCACUCGCCCUGCCACCACACGCGCUGCUCCUCAGCCCCUCCUUCCUACCGCUUGCCCACUCCCCCCCCUCCCUCCUCGCCAUCCCCCAUCUCCAUGCUGUGCCAUCCACUCCCCACAUCACCCUGCAUGCCCCCACCCCCCCUCGCCCUCUUCCCACCGCGCCGUUCGCACUCCCACGCGCACCACUUGCCCCUCCACGGCGUGUCCCCUCUCAGCAGUCAACGCCGUGA